UUUGCUUAAGGAGCCAGUAGCACCACCGCACCACCAACCCAAACCCAAUCCAGUCCAAUCCAGUUCCAGUCCCAAGCCCAAACCCAAUCCACAAUCCACAUCAUGAAGCUGUUCGUUUGCAUAGCACUUGCUCUGCUGGCCAUUGCCGCACCCGCCCAGGCGCUGCUGGGCGCCAAGUUGGCGCUUCUCAAGGCCAUUGGAGGCGGCCUCGGUGGCGGCAGCUCUGGCGGCGGUGGCUACGGCGGCGGUGGCUACGGCGGCGGUGGCUACGGCGGCGGUGGCUACGGCAGCGGUGGAUAUUCCGGCGGAUACAAUCAGGGCUACUACAGCCAGCCCAGUCGUCCCGUUUACAAUUCUGGAUACGGCUCGAGCGGCGCUUCCAGCAGCGCUUCAUCCAACAGCUACGGAGGUGGCUACGGAGGCGGCUAUGGAGGCGGCUAUGGAGGCGGCUACGGAGGCGGCUAUGGCGGCGAGCAGGUGGUGAAGAUCAUCAAGGUGGUAGAGCAGCCAUCGUACUCCUCCUACGGACGUAGCUCGGGCUAUGGCGGCAACUAUGGCGGCAACUAUGGCGGCAACUAUGGCGGCUACAGCCAGGGCUACUCCAGCGCCAGCUCCAGUGCCAGUGCCUCCAGCUCGGCUCAGGCCCUGCCUGCUGUCAGCUACUCUGCACCAGCUCCCGCUGUGACCUACUCGGCUCCAGCUCCCGCUGUGACCUACUCCGCUCCUGCACCCGCUGUGACCUACUCCGCGCCAGCACCCUCCGUGACCUACUCCGCGCCAGCUCCCUCUGUGACUUAUUCCGCUCCAGCUCCCUCUGUGACCUACUCGGCUCCACGUGCGCCUGCUGUCACUUACGCCGCACCUGCACCCGCUCCAGUUACCUACUCGGUGCCCGCUCCCCAGCCCGUGGUGCGAUAUCAAGCCGCUCCUGCUCCAGUUCAAGUCACGUACUCCGCCCCGGCACCUGUGGCCAUCUCUCGCCCCGUCAGCUACGCUCCAGCUCCAGCUCCAGCACCCGUCAGCUAUGCUCCAGUUGCACAGAGCCAACAGAUUGUGAAGACCAUCAAGGUGAUUGUCGAUGAGGAUCAGUCCGGACGCGUGCCAGCGCCAGUCUAUGGAGCACCAGCACCAGUGGCCAGCAGCUACUCGAGCGCAUCCUCCAGUGCUUCUGCGGCUGACUACAACGACUACAAUGGUGGCUACAACGGAGGCUACAACGGUGGCUACAAUGGAGGCUACAACGGAGGCUACAACGGUGGCUACAGCGGUGGCUACAACGGUGGCUCCUCCGCUGGUGGCUUCAACGGUGGCUGGAAGCGUGGUGGCAUCUUGGAGAAGCUGGUCGGCUGCUAAGCGAAAGGCAUCCACGACCCAAUCCCAAUCGCACUCAACCUAAACCCUACCUAACCUUACUCAACUGUGUAUCUAUUUUUUUUUCCUAGUUCUAAAUCGAAUAAUUACGAGUAUAUUUUUGUUGUAUGCAUAAUUUCGAGCCGAUCGCUGUGUACAUAAAAUAAAUCAACAAGUCAACCCC